CCACCGCCCUUAUUCCGUGUACGGCCAGCAGAUUUGAUUUCCGACAUGAAUUUCCAAUUUAUGUCCGUUUGCACGGAAACAUUGAACGAAAUCUCACUGUGCUUCGACUUGUCAAACGACUGUCCAGAAAUCUUUGUUUAUUGUUUUGUUGCUCUUGCAAUCGAAAGUGAUCGGGAAAACAUGAAUUACGUUGAAAACUUACUAAUUUACGCAAGAAAUCUUUCACCUUUCUACAUCUUUAGCAUGGUGAUUUCUAUUUGUGUUGUACUGUUGACUGCCUAUUUUGGUUUUACGGGAUGUUCGGCCACACUUGACCGCGACGAGCAGCCGGAGAAAAACGAAAACAACCAUUCUUCAAAAUCGAAAGCCAACAAGCAGACCGAUGAUGCAGCGGACGAACCCGACAGCGAACUGGAGGAGGAAAAUGAAAGAACCCGAAGACUGCACAUCGAAUCCUUGGGACAACUGAAGUCUGCUAAACUUAAAUCGAUUGAAAAGUCUCUAACUGAAGAACAACGGCAAGCGGAAAAAGAAAUUGAACGAGCGCAGCUGGCUGCUAUAUUUGAGCUUUUGAAAAAGCAAGCCGAUAGUUCCAAUAUCAACGAGGACGAUUUGAAAGAGCAGCUUAGUUUGUAUCGCUAAAAUUAUCGACAUAGAUGCUUUGUGGAAACAUGUCGUAUGCUAGUCAAUUUUUAGAAUUUUACAUUAC